CACCAGAACAACUCACAAAGGUGAACUUCACUCCUUAAUGUCAGGAGAACCAAUUCAUUAUCCUGAUCUGAAACCUCUCAAACAACAAUAUAACAUAAUUGACAGUAAUUAUGAUUGUUCAGCUACCAACCCACCCACCCCAGGGGGAGCAAAUGGACCUCACACAGUCGGUAGACACCUUUUUAUUUACAUCAGAUGACCAGCUCUCCACUAGAGAUUUCCUUCUUAAUGGUACGCGACUUACUUUUUUGUGCGAUUCAGGAGCUGACAAAACUGUGCUGAGAGAUCAGAUUCCCGGACUCCAGAGUUCUUCCCGGUUCAUUUUUGUUAAAUCAGCAAAUGGACUGGUGACCAAAGAUUCUUUUUCAAAGCCAAUUAUGUUCACUGACCAUAAGACUGGGGAGUCUGAGCAUGCUAAAGUGGUGCUGUGUCCAAAGUGUCCUGUAAGCCUGCUAGGUCGUGAUUUGAUGACAUGGUUUAAAAUCUCUAUUGUCCCCACUUCCAAAGGUAUGGUUGCUAUAGGCAAGGGCAAAGAAAUACUGACCCUACCGUUACAUAGCAUUGAAGAACCACAGUCAGUUGUUAGUUUACGUAGAUGAAAUUUUAACUUCUUUUGACAAACAACGAGAUUGCUGCACUUGCACUGUUCCGUUAUUUGGCAAAAACGGGGAACAAAGCUUCGCUUUUAAAAUUGCAGUGGGUCAAAGAGAAAGUGAUCUUUUUAGGACAUGAACUGUCACCUUGCGGUCACAGCUAUUUUAGAUGCUCCUAAACCACAAACGAAACAGCACAUUAUGCAGUUACUAGGUUUGUGCAACUACUGCAGACUAUGGUUACCGAGCUAGCCACAAAUAACACAACCGUUGUUAAAUGUGAUCUACUCCCAACCUAUGUCCAUGAAACAGAAUAUAGAGUGGAGUCGAGAAGCUGAAGAAGCUUUCACUUCGCUGAAACUAGCUCUUACUGGUGCUACAGUAUUGAGUUUACCAGACUAUUCAAAACCGUUUGUUCAAACAGUUGAUUGGAAAGGCCAUUUUAUGACUUCUAUUUUGGCCCAGCAAACAGGAGGCUGCUACAAGCCUGUAGCUUAUUAUUCCAAACGUUUAGACCCUGUUGCAUGCGUUUUACCAUCUUGUGUACGAGCAGUGUGUGCAGCUGCACUAGCAGAGCACUGCUCAGCGGAAGUGGUGUUGUUUCACACCUUCGAGCUGCUAGUACCACACGCUGUAGGAAUACUGUUGACACAGACCAAGAUGUCCUUCCUGGCACCUGCACGGCACCUUUCGAUUUUGUCAACACAUGGCUGUGACGACCUCUACUGGCAAGCCAGUGGGGCAUGCGGUGCAUUGCUGUGUGCAAAUGUGCUGCACACACCAAACGGAAAGACCCUGUUUCACAGUUUUGCAGGGUUGGUAGAACGCACAAAUGGUACAGUUAAACUGAGCCUGAAAAAAACUAUGGAACAGACUGGGAGGUCCUGGCCAGAGUUCCUGGACCUAGUAGAAAUGUACAUGAGAAUCACUCCAACAGGGAAUGGUUUAACUCCUUUUGAGAUCAUUUAUGGUAGACCGUUUGUGUUACCUAUAAUGACUGAUGUCAAAGAGAAGAAGGAGAGCCAGACACUAGCAGAGUGGAUGACAAAUCUAUUGAAGGAAAAAGAGAUUGUGAAUGCAAAUAAGCUGCCAGAUGCUGCUUUGUCUCAGCAGGAGGAGAAGAUCGAGCCAGGUGACCAGAUCCUCAUCAAGGCAAUCAAACAAAAGACGUGGUCAAGUCUGCGGUGGGAGGAGCCAUACACUGUGGUACUCACUACACGAUGGCUGUAAAGAUCGAGGAGAGAGCUACGUGGAUCCAUCAAAACCACUGCAAGAGGGUGAUUCCCCUGGUCGGCACUGAGUAAGGGUGGAAGUCGACCGGUAUCUAAACAUUUGGUCGCCGAAGAAACCAACAGAUGCCCUCUCCCAGCUAUGGCGUCAGUGGGGGCCGGGUCGCGGGGGCAGCAGUCUAAGCAGAGAGUUCCAGACUUCCCUCUCCCCGGACACUUCCUCCAGCUCUUCCGGUGGGACCCCAAGACGUUCCCAGGCCAGCCGAGAGACGUAGUCUCUCCAGCGAGUCCUGGGUCAUCCUCGGGGCCUCCUACUGGUGGGACAUGCCCGGAACACCUCCCCAGGGAGGCGUCCAGGAGGCAUCCGAACCAGAUGCCCGAGCCACCUCAACUGGCUCCUCUCGAUGUGGAGGAGCAGCGACUCUACUCUGAGCUCCUCCCGGGUGACAGAGCUCCUCACCUUAUCUCUAAGGGAGCGCCCAGCCACCCUGCGAAGGAAGCUCAUUUCAGCCGCUUGUAUCCGUGACCUUGCCCUUUCGGUCAUGACCCAAAGCUCAUGACCAUAGGUGAGGGUAGGAACGUAGAUUGACCGGUAAAUUGAGAGCUUUGCCUUUCGGCUCAGCUCCCUUUUCACCACGACGGACCGAUACACCGACCGCAUUGCUGCAGCCGCCGCACCGAUCCGUCUGUCAAACUCACGCUCCUUCCUUCCCUCACUCGUGAACAAGACCCCAAGAUACUUAAACUCCUCCACUUGGGGCAGGAACUCUUCUACAACCUGGAGAGAGCAAACCACCUUUUUCUGGUCGAGAACCAUGGCCUCAGAUUUGGAGGAACUGAUUCUCAUCCCAGCCGCAUCACACUCAGCGGCAAACCGCACCAGCGCACGCUGGUGGUCCUGGCCUGAUGAAGCCAACAGGACAACAUCAUCUGCAAAAAGCAGAGAUGCUAUCCUGUGGUCCCCAAACCCGACCCCCUCCGGCCCCUGGCUGCGCCUAGAAAUUCUGUCCAUAAAAAUAAUGAACAGAAUCGGUGACAAAGGGCAGCCCUGCCGAAGUCCAACAUGCACCGGGAACAGGUCUGACUUAUUGCUGGCAAUGCGAACCAAGCUCCUGCUCCGGUUGUACAGAGACCAAACAGCCCUUAGCAAAGGGCCCUGGACUCCAUACUCUCGGAGCACCCCGCACAGGAUGUCACGAGGGACGCGGUCGAAUGCCUUCUCCAGAUCCACAAAGCACAUGUAGACUGGUUGGGCAAACUCCCACAAACCCUCAAGCACCCUGCUGAGGGUAUAAAGCUGGUCCAGCGUUCCACGACCAGGCCGAAAACCACAUUGUUCCUCCUGUAUCCGAGGUUCGACUAUCGGCCGAAUUCUCCUCUCCAGUACCCUGGCAUAGACUUUCCCAGGGAGGCUGAGAAGUGUGAUCCCCCUAUAGUUGGAACACACUCUCCUGUCCCCCUUUUUGUAAAGAGGGACAACCACCCCGGUUGUCCAGUCCAGAGGAACUGUCCCCCUCCUCCACGCGAUGUUGCAGAGGCAUGUCAAUAUGUAUCAUUUACCUUUUUAAAUUUAUGGUUUGCAUUUGCUGUGCCUUAUAACCACAUUGACAGUUGCACAGACGUCUAACCACAUGCUUAAGUUCUUAUACAAGUAUUGUCAUUUACGAAGAACAAUUUUGUCACCCUUGCUUUGUGCUCCUAUUCAGUCGUAGGUGUUCAAAACCACAAGAGGGGAUCUGUUAGUAUUGCUAUGACUACUUGGUUGUUUCCGCUUGUUAACAAGUGCACCAAUGAUGUGACAUUAAAGGCGUGUACAAGCAUCAAUAAAAUGUUGUGCUUUGGGGAAGUUCGUUGGAGUUGGUGGUCUCUGAGUAAAGCGCUUACAACACUAAGAUCUCAGACGAGCUCCCCUUGGCCAAGUAAAAACUG